AUGAAAGUACUCACGGCGGUAGCGGUACUCUGCACGGCCGCAGUCCGCACUAGGGCCCAUCAGCCACAAUGCCCACGGAACGCAGAUGGCCUUGCUGUCCAGAUGCUGGAGAGUACCAUUGCUCGUGGACAGGGAAUUACAGGCAGCGGUGCUGCCACGAGCACGAUUGAGCUCGGGAUCUUCCAACAGGUAUGUCCACAAUGGUUCAUACUCCGUGUGUGUUCGAAGCCAUCGAGUCGGAUGAUCCGGCGCUGAACCAACCAGGCCCUCAGAGAAAGCAUAGCGUGCGGGCGUAAUGAGACGCAGAGACAACACUGGGCCGAAUAUCUGCAGAACAGCACGUCGGGAUCCAUCUCACUAUUUUCCAAUGCCACCGCGGACGCUGGUCAGCCUCUGGAUCGCUUGUCGGUGGGAACUUCGAUGAUUUAUCAGUACCGAGAGACUGGCGAUGAAGAAUAUCUCCCUGCCAUUGCAGCGCUCCAAGACUCCGUGAAGCUACAGCCACAAAACGCAAAUGGCGGCCUCUGGUAUUAUGCGAACCCGAACAAUCUCAGUGCCUACCACAACCUCUCGUACUCCGAUGGCAUGUUCAGUUAUCCGGCCUUUGCCCUCUUAUCCGGGGAGGUUCUUUCGGUUAGUAACGCGACCGUGGACAGGGAUCUCUUCGGUCUCGCUGCGACGGUGAAGCAGAUCGCGAGACUCUACGGCAUCUGUAAAAACGACGCGGGGCUUGUGGUCCAUGGCUACGAUGCUAGCAAAGCACACGCGUGGGCAAACCCCAUCACAGGUGCCAGUCCCGUCGUGUGGGGGCGUUCACUGGCAUGGUACACGCUCGGUAUCUCGAAUGCUCUGGAGAUCUUACAGUCUUUGAACGUGUCUCGAGAUGCGUCCGACAGCCUUGGACAGCUUUUUGAAAGUCUCGUCAGCGCCCAGCUCGCCGCUCUCGAACGAAGUCUUGGGGUCGGAGGUGCUUAUGGUGUCUGGCAGGUCGUCGACCAGCCGGGUGCAAACUUCCAAGGACACGGAAACUUCAUCGAAGCCAGUGCCAGUUGCAUGACGGCCUACUCGCUCUUGCGAGGCGCUCGCUUGGGCUUCAUCGAGGACGCGAAUCUUCGUCGCCGGGCCAUUUCCGCGGGGAUUGGUAUCUAUCAUCAGGUCCUGCACGAGUUCCUGGUGAGCAACGAUAAUGGUACCCUGAGUCUCAAUGGAACGAGUGCGGUAGCCAGUCUCAGUGGCGAUGUUGACUUCACCGUAAGUGCUGUGCCGCCUUGCCUUAGCCUUCCUUUUGACGCCGGUGCUGACGCUGACGGGCCUUCAACAGUAUUAUGUGACCAGACCUGUUGUGUUGAACAGUCUCAUUGGCAUCAGUGCUUUUAUCUUAGCUGGACUAGAAGUCGAGAAGGUUUGUUAA